AUCCUUUUCGUUGUUGAUGGCUGGUAGCUGCCUCGUUGUUAUCGAUUUGCCUUUUUUGUUUUCUGUGUGUUCGUUUACACAGUGCGCCCUAUUUCUCUUCGAUCACCAUGGCGCUGGUUUCCGGAAUCCAAAACCAGAUCCUCGAUGUCACGGUGGUUGGAUGCAGCAAGCUAAGGGACACCGAGCUGUUCUCGCGCCAGGAUCCGUACGUCUGCAUUGAAUAUGCUAAUUCCAAAUUCCGCACACGCACCUGCACAGAUGGCAGCAAGAAUCCCACCUUCCAGGAGAAAUUCCAGAUUCCUCUCGUCGAGGGCCUCCGGGAGAUGAACGUGACAGUCUGGAAUAGCAAUACCUUGAGAAGCGACGAUUUCAUCGGCAGCGGCAGGAUUCAAUUGCAAAAGGUCCUAUCCCAGGGUUAUGAUGACAAUUCUUGGCCUCUACAGACUAGACAUUCAAAGUACGCCGGAGAGAUAAAGGUGAUCAUGCACUUUCAAAAAGCAUCUCAGCAAAAGCCUGCCGCGACUCCUCCAUCUGGGUCACCUUACUUGCCAGGAGCUCCACCUCCAGCAUAUCCCCCUCCUUAUGCUCCAUAUGCACCUACGGCUUAUCCUGGAGCUAGCGCAUAUUCAAUGUAUCCUCCUCCAGUUCCGUCUCCAUAUCCAAGUUCUCCUUAUCCACCUCCACCACAAGGCUAUCCAACACAAACAUAUCCUCCUGCUCCUUAUCCACCAGAGUCCUAUCCGCCGCAAUAUCCACCUCCACCAGCACAACCUUACUAUCCACCUGGGCCUUACCCUGGUUCACACUAUCCACCUUACUGAGUAAGUGAUUGGUGAAAUAAUGUAGCAAAUGGUUCUUUUUUCUGCUGCAUAGUUAGGUGCUGGUGUUCUCUUACAACUUCCCUAGAUGUCUUUGUAUGUUCCUUUUGUUUAGAAGCAGGAAUGCUUAUCUGCAGAUAACAUCAAACUAGUUCUGUUUGGAAUGAAGUAUUACUCUUUUCCCCGUUUGCAAUUGAAGUAUUCUUGUGUAUAAUUGCUCCA